UGCAGUGCUGAGUAGCCGUCCUGAUGACUCAAGUCAGCUGAGGUCCUACAUCAUUACGUGGUGCAAAGUGCUAACUUGUUUAUUCAAGGCCCUUCUUUGUAGUUCAGCUGAGCGCUUUGUGCUGCCUGAGGACGAAGGUUUCAUUAGUGCACCAGCGUCGAUACAGGCCAUGUCUACAGAAACCCUCCUAACACAUGUAGCCCCUGUGUGGACCACUUCAGGGAAUUUCACCACAUUAUGUCCUAAUGGGACAAAAUGGGUUUGGGAGAUCAUUGGGGAGUGUGCUGACGAUGAAAGGGACAUGGCCAGUAUCUACCUGGGUCUGCUGUCUAUUCUGUGCUUCAUGGUGUCAUCUUGCCCACAAUAUUACAAAUCAUAUAAAACUGGGAACAUGGACAGCGCCCUCUCUAUCUGGUUCCUGCUGUUGUGGUUGGGAGGAGAUUCCUGUAACUUGGUGGGCUCCUACUUAGCAGAUCAACUUCCUCUUCAGACAUAUACUGCAAUUUAUUACGUUACAGCAGACCUGCUGAUGUUGGGCAUGUACACCUACUAUAAGAUAAAGAAUAAAAGACAGGGGACCGUUCUUCAUGUUGUGGGCAUGGCCUGUGUCAUUGGUUUGUCUGGCAGUUUCUUUCAUGUCCCGGCUAUGGGCUCCAAACAGGAAGUGGACGUAUCUGUGGUCAGGAGUCGUGCUUUGCUUUCAGUCUCGGAAAGUGGUUUUGUGCGAGCUUUUACAAACAAAGAAAUAAUUGGUUUCACUAUUGGGUCCCUGUCAUCAGUUCUCUACCUGUGCUCCAGACUCCCUCAAAUUUACACCAAUUUUAAGAGAAAAUCAACUGAGGGCGUGUCUUACUUCCUGUUUGCGCUGGUCAUCCUCGGCAACACUAUGUAUGGGCUCAGUGUUCUGCUGAAAAACCCUGAUGGAGGUCAGGGAGAGAGAAGCUACAUGGUCCACCACCUGCCCUGGCUCAUCGGCAGCCUCGGCACCCUCUUUCUGGAUAUCAUUAUCUCCAUCCAGUUCUUUAUUUACCGUAAAAGUCCAUUGCAGCAAUUGGACAACUUGGAGGAGGCAGCACCAUUACUGAGAGGCUAAGGCCUGGUCUGUCAGUCACUGGUUUGUCAGUGACGUUAUAGUUAGUUUUUACAGUGUUUUUUAUUUAUUUUUUAUAAUGUGUAAAAUGGAUAUUUUUAUACCUCCUAAUUUUUAGAGUUAUAGAAAUGUGUAAUUGCUCUAUUGCUGAUUGGUGCACAGUUAAAAAAGGGACAAUACAACAGACAAGGUUGUAUUCCCAGAUUUCAUCUUGUGCAGAUGAGUUGGCAGUGCACUUGUCUCUGUACUAUUCCUUUACUCCAAGGGUGUCCAAACUAUGGCCUAGGAAACAAAUGCGGCCCUCGGAGUUUUUGAUGGGAUUACAGGCUGGAACUUUUAUUAUAUAUUCAAGUAUUUCUAUCACUGUAACCUACAGUGAUAGAAAUAUCACUGUACAGUGCUGUCAUACACACCUAACACUCACUGUGUUGACCAUUGGUCUGUGGCACUCUUCAGUUAAUGUUUUUAUAUGUGGCCCUUAGUGAAAAAUUUGGACAGCCGAUUUUUAAUCCCUUUGUCAUGGUUAUGUCAGUGGUGACAGUGUACAAUGUGUUACUGUAAAAUAGCACAUGUUCUAUAGCGAAAUACAACACUAUUUAUCUGCAUGUAUUAUUUGUGUCAAGUAUAAUCCAGUAACUGUGUCAACUAGAUGGACACUUUCCUCAUUCCAUCUUUUAGUUGACUCAUUUACAUUUUAUUCCUUUUAAAAAAAAUCUCAUUUUAAAGUAAGUGUUUUUAUACAAAAAAGAUAAUUGUACUUUUUUAUGGUCAGUCGCAUUGCUGAAAUGAAAUUAUUGAAAUCA